CCAAAAAACUUGGACAACAAGCGGCUUCUUUAUUUUGCCCUUGUUGACGGAUGACAGGGAGGGAAGAGUCGUGAAUUUCAAUCUACGACACGACACCACCAUAUAGUGCUACUCCUUCCAAAAUCAUGUCGUUUUGCUCCCUCUCUCUCUCGCCCCCCCCCCUCUCUCUCGCUCUUCUAUACCAAAUAAUCUUCAUCCACUCUUCCCCUGAUCCUUCAUUUCUCUGUUAAUAUUAUCAGCUCAUUUUUAUUUAUUUAUUUAUAUUUAGGCGUCUCCUCUCCUUCAGCUCCUUCGCUAUCAAGUGUAGAAGGAUGCCACAUUUUACUGCAUUAGCUUUGGAUAGGUUGUUAGAACCUGGAGCAUCGAAAUCCGUCGACAUGCCAGUUCCUAGUUCAAACAACAAGUACCCAGUUCCGAAGCCGAAGCCGAAGCCUCCUCCACCAGAAUUGAAGCCACCUUUACCCAAUUCAAACCUGGAGAGGAGGAAUAGUACAUCGGUGAUAGAGAGGAAAGGUAAUCGUCCUCAAAUAUCGCCUGGACUGUAUGCGACUCCUGAAUCGACCCCACUUCCUGAUUCACCAACUUCGUUUCCUCCUUCGCCUUAUAUUAUUAAUCACAAGAGACGCGGGCCACGCCUUUCGAAGAGCUUUUCGGACGAUGAUGUAGCUUCUAGGAAGAAGAAAUUGGAGAAACUUGAGGUGAACGGGAAUGUGAAUAAUGGGGAAAAUAAGGUUGUUGAUUCGAGUAAUGGGCAUUCAGUUACUUUUUUCAUCCCUAGUUCUGUUGAAGGUGAGCUCGUGAAUGAUGUAAACGGGUGUCCUGGUAAAGAGGAUGUUGUGAAUGGUGUCCGUGAUUGUCCUAUCGAAGUGGGCCGUGUUAAUGGAAGCCAUGGUGGUGAAAGAGGGAGCAGUAGUGUGCAACUUGGGACUGGUGAUACGAGGAAGGACUUGUCCUUGGAAAAGGAUAUGUUGAAGCCGAUUGAGCAGAAUGUGGAAAGAAAUGGGGACAGUGAUGAUUUCUUUGAUCCACAAGACUCCAUGAGUUAUACUAGUAACACUGAUGUUGAGGACACCACUGCAGUUGAGAGUUCUAUGAAGCUUACUGCAGCUUUGCCAGUAGGAGAGUUUUAUGAUGCUUGGGAAGAGCUAUCCUCUGAGAGUGGGCAACAGCCUUCUCCUUCUCCUCACCACAAUGGAGCUGAAUUGCGUGAAAUGAGAUUGAGUUUGUUGAUGGAGAUAGAGAAGCGGAAGCAAGCAGAGGAGGCUAUGGAUAAUAUGCAAAGCCAGUGGCAGAGGAUCAGACAAGAAUUAGCUCUGGUAGGGCUUUCCCUCCCUGCUUGUCCUGUUGAUGUGCCAGAGAGUGAUCAGCCAUCAGAUGUGAAUCCUGUAGAGGAGAUUUGCCAGCAGAUCUAUCUUGCUCGGUUUGUAUCAGAAUCUAUAGGAAGGGGUAUUGCAAAAGCUGAGGCUGAGAUAGAGAUGGAAGCUCAGGUUGAAGCAAAGAACUUUGAAAUUGCUCGAUUGUUGGACCGACUUCAUUAUUACGAGGCAGUGAAUCGAGAACUGUCUCAGUGGAACCAAGAAGUUAUAGAAACGGCGCGCCGAAACAGGCAGAUAAGGAAAAGGAGGCAGAAGUGGGUUUGGGGCUCGAUUGCUGCUGCAAUCACCCUUGGCAUGACAACCUUGGCAUGGUCAUAUCUCCCAGCAAUGAGUGGAUCAUCUUCUUCCAGUGAUUCUCAUGCUCCAGAGCAUGAUGAUACAGCUAAUUGAUGAGCAUCUGACCAAUCAGUAGACGCCGAUGUCAUGUCACAGAAGAGGAGAAUAAAAUGUUGUAUAUGCCGUCUUUUGAAUACCAACCUCUUGCUUUUGUUCCUAGCAAUUUUCCUGCCUGCUGAGAUUGCUGGGUUACCAUUACCAUCAUAAUAAUUCAUUACUGCCUUACUGGCAAUCUGGGAGGUGAUUAAAUUUUGUUUGGGUCAA